CGCGAAUUGUAGCUGUAAAUAUACUCCUCCCCUCUUAACCAAUCCCCACCUCCCGAAAUCGGAGUUCUCAACAUUGGCAAGUAUGUCUAAGAGCUUCCUGUACUCUUCUUCAUUAGGCUUGUUUACAAGAGCUUCAGCCAUCCAACAACGUGAGGGUUCCAGGUUUGAUUCCAGCUUCCGCCAUCCUAGUCACGCCCGCCGUGUUCUAGGGCAGUGGUUCUCAACCUUUUUUCAGUGAUGUACCCCCUGUGAACAUUUUUUUAAUUCAAGUACCCCCUAAUCAGAGCAAAGCAUUUUUGGUUGAAAAAAGAGGGGGAACAAGCAGUAAAGCUUGCAGGGAAAACAGCGCUGGAUGACAGAAUUUUUGCUCGCCAAAAAUGAAGGUCCUACAAAAAGAUGAGAUCAAGAUAGCUGAGAGUAUUCUACAAAAAGAUCUACCCAAGAGUUUUCAGGUCUAUGGAUUCUUAUAUGCUUACAACAGGAGCAAACCGAGCAAUCUAAUGUUCAUUGUUGAUACAUGGCCUGAUUUUAAAGUCAUCAUUUGCCAACCUGACCCUGAGAAUAAUCUUGCCUUGGAAUGGGUAAAAAAGAUAACAUUUUACUGCAAGGAUGAGCAGAUUUUGAAGAAAAUGUUAUUAAAGGAUGAAGUAGUUGACUGGAGCAGUUAUUUUAUUGUUGGAGGCAUUGACAGCAUUCAUACCCUCACGCUCAAAGAGGUUUCAUCGAACAGACAAGUCAGCUACAAACCUAUGGUGUCUACACAUCUUCUGUAUUUGCCAGACCGUAGCUCUCUGAUCACGCCAGUAUUUGACAGUGCCCUUGAAUCAAGGGUUUCACCUCUCAGUCCUUCCCAUGUUGACCUGGUGAAUCAAACCUGGAAGUUUGGAGGACAUGAACACGGGUACAACAAAAUUAAAGUCCUGGUCAGCAACAUGCCUUCAUGCUGCAUCACUGAUGAUCAGGGUCGACCUGUAUCAUGGAUUCUUUCAUAUGAGUACAUGGCAAUGGGCAUGUUGUAUACUAUGCCCGAGCACAGACGAAAAGGGUAUGCCAAAGUGUUGGUCUAUACCAUGGCCCAGACACUCCUUAAUCAGGGUUACCCGGUGUUCUGCUUCAUUGAGGAGGAAAACACGGUCUCAUUUAAGCUUUUUAAAAGCCUUGGCUUUAUUGAGGAUCCCUCAUACAGAGUAGUUUGGGCUCAGUUGAACUUGUGAUGUUGAAAAGCGGCAAAAUUGUAUGCACCUAGGAUGACAUAAACUAGAUUUAUCUGAAUUUGUCAACCAAAGUGCCAACAUCUUACCCAGUCAGCACUCAUUAGUGUGUUAUAAUAAAUAGGUCUAUUGGCAACACUAAAUUGGCUGUAGUGUGUGAAUGUUGUCUGUCUAUCUGUGUUGGCUCUGGGAUGAGGUAGCGACAUGUCCAGGUUGUACCCCGCAUGCCGCCCGAAUGCAACAGCAAUAGGCUCCAACACCCCCGUGAUCCCAAGAGGGACAAGCAGUAGAAAAUAGAUGGACAGAUGGAUGAAUGAAAAAGCCCUUCCCUGAACAUAGCCACACGCUACCUAAUGGCAACAUGAAUCACUUUUUGCACGUUAUAAUUGCAAUGUAAGGUAUUUCUUCAAAGCCCAAAUGUGGCAGUUACGGACUAAAGUACACGGUAAAUUCAACCAUGACUUCAAGUUAUUUUGUUCAGCUUGUGGUAACAGCCCCCUUGAGACUGGGCUAAGCUCCUUUAUAUAAUUGUAUUCAUUUGUUCCACUUUACGGUUAUUAUAUUGAGAUCACCAGUAUAACUUCACCAAUAACAAUAAAAUACACGUGUAACUUAUAUAUUAUCGAGACAUACUAAUAUAGGUAUGAUAUACUAUGUUUAUUGUACUUUCAGCAUUAAUAUUUUCUUAAUACACUUUCACUUGUAUCCAUGUAACAUUGUAUCAGCAUGAUUUAAAGGCAAUCUUUUGUAACCCAAAUAUUCCAUCUGUGUAAUCAAUAUACAAAUAAACUUGAAGCAUUUUUA